CGCAGCAGAAAUGCGGUUGUGAUAAAGGACUGUCUUCCAAGUUCCAUUACGCGCAAUGAGUGAUCUCAACGUGCACGCGCACAGUCCCUUUAUUGAGCUCCGAACUGAGAUGUAACAAAACAAGACACGGAUGGGUCUCAGUGAAACUCUGCGGUUCGUGAUAUCUGAUGGGAGAUGUGUGCCACCGACAUGACAGUACAGGGGUGAAGAACACAGCAAACGCCCGGCCGUCACCCGUCUCACCUGCCGAACACAGAGCGGCUUCAUUUUCAUGAUCAUCCUCAUCUGUUGGAGGCGCUGCAAUGAUUAAUCAACACAUUUUCCUGCAUUACAAUUACACUGGGAAACUAGACAAUCGCAAUGAAACCCAAGAGGCCCCAAUGGACCCCAAAACCGUGGUGUUUUUGGUCAUUUGCAGCUUCAUCGUCUUGGAGAACUUAAUAGUCCUGGUGGCGAUUUGGCAAAACCACAAAUUUCACAACCGGAUGUACUUUUUUAUUGCCAACCUGGCGUUGUGUGACUUAUUGGCCGGUGUCGUGUACUUAGUGAACUUGUUGAUGUCAGGACAGCAGACGUUACACUUGUCUCCAGCCGAGUGGUUUGUUCGCGAAGGAAGUAUGUUUGUGGCUUUAGGCGCUUCUAUCUUCAGCCUGUUGGCGAUUGCGAUCGAGCGGCAUCUCACCAUGAUAAAAAUGAGGCCUUAUGAUGCAAACAAAAAGUACCGUGUGUUUCUGCUAAUAGGCACAUGUUGGUUGAUCGCCAUCACACUGGGAGCUCUGCCCAUUUUGGGCUGGAACUGUCGCGAUGAUCUUCCUCAGUGCUCCACCAUCUUACCUCUCUACAGCAAGAACUACGUGGCGUUCUGCAUCACCAUCUACAUCUCGCUCCUGCUGGCCAUCUCCGUCCUCUACGCCCGCAUUUACAUCCUCGUGAAGAGCAGCAGCCGUAAAGUCACCAAACACAGCAACUGCGAGCGCUCCAUGGCCCUCCUGCGCACCGUCAGCAUCGUGGUGGGCGUCUUCAUCGCUUGCUGGACGCCCAUCUUCGUGCUCCUCCUCGUCGACGUGGCCUGCAAGCCCAGAAGGUGUCCGGUUCUGCUCAAAGCCGACUGGUUUAUCGCCCUGGCCGUCGUGAACUCCGCCAUGAAUCCCGUCAUCUACACGCUGGCCAGCAGGGAAAUGCGAAGGGCGUUUUACAAGCUCGUAUGCGGGUGUUUGGUGCUGGACGGCAUCGUGGGUUGCAAGCAGAACACGGACCCUAGCAGGAGCAAGUCCAGCUCCAACUGCCCACGGGCGGCUGAACAAGAAAACCCAGACGCCAAUUCAUAGUUUUCAGUCACGUGACUGUUGCGGAGAGGGCAAAUACUGCAGCACAGGCCUGUCAAAUUUUAAAUAUUUAUUUCACAAAGAUAUGUGAAGUUGUUUUGGCCACUUGCGAUCCAUAUACAGAAGUUUCCCAAGAGCAGCGCAAAAGCUUUCAUAGGUCGUAAAUAAUGGCGCAAAUACCUGUAAAGUGACAAGAACAAUCUUUAGUAAAUCACCUUGCAUGACUCAUUUAAAUACUCUCCUCCUACACGUCGCGUUUGAAAAACAAACUCCUACAAAUGCAUAUGCAAUAAGCUCAGCUCCCUGUCCACGCAUUUAGUAAACCCUGACAGUAGUUUUUUUUUAAAGCAGCACUAUGCAGUUUUCGCCGGCCGCAGCAGCAGGAAGUGUCGCGUGAUAUCAGGUCUCGCGAUGUAACGAAUUGCUUUACGGCAAAAAAAAUCUGCUAAAAUGAGCAUAAAACAGAAAUAACCCGGCGCCGUAUACAUAUGGUGUUCGAGGCGCAUACAAUACAGACUGCCCACAGUUCAACAGGGCGCAGCUCUUAAAGGGGCCACACCUUAAUUUCACUCGUUACAGCUUCCGUCCUACUGAACAGGUACCGAUAUACAGGGAGAGGGGAUCAGGCCGUGAGUGCAGAGACAUCUCUGCGUGAGUGCCAUUUACGACAAGUACUCCACAGCGACUCUAGGGGU